UCCCUGGUGUCACGUGGGUUUGUUGUAGUAGUCGCAAUGGAGUAAAGCAGUUAUUUUGCCGCGCCGCGCUCUUCCCAGUCUUGUGUGACCGACAUUAGUUUGGCCCGCUGUUGUGAGAGGGAGUGGUGGCGGAGUCUCUCCGCUCUCUGGACUGUGGACGUACGUUUAGGAUUUUUACAGCCUACGUUCUUGACGCCACCGAGUCUUUGGUGUUUGACAGUAUCCCUCUCACCGUGCGUGCGUGUGUGUGUGUGUCUGUGUGUCUCCAUUUGGACCGGAGACCUGCAGUUCGUUUGUUGAUCUUUUUUCUUCAUUCGCUUUUGUGCAAGUUGUGCACUGUGGCUCGCCAAGUUUUGUUUUCUUUCCUCUCUCCGCACCUCCUGUUCGUCGUUUCGGUUGAGAGAUCGGUACAAAACAAAUGUUGACUUCAAAGGACUUCAUAAUUGGAUUGCUCCACUAAGGAAUGGUCGGUAUCAACUCAUUCAGUCACCACAGCCGAAAUAGUAGAUUCAUAGUCAGAUCUGCUAUGCGACAGGUGUCGCGUGAAAGUGCGGAAUAACAAUAUGGAUUCAGAGACUGAGACAUCUAAACUGGUGUAACACUGCUCUUUUCGCACACCCCUGUGAAUGGCCGUAAAUUCAUUGCGAUAACCAGGACUUUACCAUCACUGUCAGGAAAGCCUAGUCUGAUCUCUUGACAAGGAUAUGGUGUUAGUGAGCAACUUUGUGGCCAUGCAGAAUCCUCGCUCGCUUCUUCCCAACAAUUAUGUUCCAAACGGAUACCCAGAGGGAGGCCUUCAAGAGGACGACAUCAAAAAAGGGUUCAGUAACGCCACUUUGCCACAUCGUCACCGGCCGAGGAGUCAUGACGGACGCCAUAUUGUCAGUGGCAGCGGUGUGGCGGUGUACAAGGAUAACGAGCCCACCUCCACACAACGACACUCGUUAGAACAUUUUUCUCCCCCACCGGGAGGCACGGGUUCGUCUCCGUCGACUGUAUCAUCGUCGUCGCUGUCGUCGUCGUCACAUCAGGGACAUGUCGUAGAGAAUGGCUUUUCGGCUCACGGACAGUCUGCUGAACACUCACAGACCAGAAACCGUCGGGUCGGUCGAGUGGAAAAUGGAUACCCUCCACAAAAGAUCUUCUUUGAAAAUGAUACUAGUCCUACUCAGCAUCAGCACACUCGUCAUAAUCAUCAGUAUCAUCUUCCCAACCAACGCCAUCAACAUCUUCAUCAUCAUCAUCACCUCAAUCAGUCGCUCCCGAGCUACGGUCGUCAUGGUGACAUUAUGCAGCAAAACAUGUCGACCCAAUCUCAAUCCCCGCACAGUAUUUACCUGUCGAACCCUCACCAACAGAACGCCUCUCGGACCAGUCACUACGCUAGCAUGUCUCUCAUCGAGACUAAAUCAACAGGUCACAAAGACAUCAACAGCAGCAGUGGCAGCAGGGGUCAUCACCGGGACAUGAGGUCACAAGUGCUGUCUCACAGCCACAGACAGCAGCAGCUACAGACAGACUCGGACGACUCGGAUUACGUCAAGAUGCAGGUCCGGCCCUCGGACAAGAACAAACUACGCAAACACGUCAACGGACUCACCCGUGGCAGCUCCUUCCCAGUCAGCGACUACCACAAGACCGAGACAUCCUCCACGUCAUCACACCACGGAUCGUUACAAAACACGCUGACCCGUGGUCACUCUUUCCCGUCCAGCCAACAACAAAGUCUGAAAGAUUCCCCGCAGCUGUCAAGCAAGGGUUAUUUCUACACAGAGCCCGGCGACGAGGCGGAAAGUGUAUCAAGAAACACAACACUUGAACCUCCAGCCUAUCCUCCAAAAGCCGGCGUGCACAGCUACUCGACCACCCAGACGGCCCCGGAGUCGCCCUACUCCUCCAUGACCAGUCUUGACACAUGGAGUCCUAACUACGUCAAGCUGAGCUUCUUCCUCAACAAAGCCACACGCGACCCCAUUCAUCACCCCGUCCCGCGCGGCUCUGGGGAAGGGCCCGUGCGGUCGAAAAGUGUGGCUCAGUUUAGUAACCUCCCUCCCAAAACAUCCGGGGAGAAGGACUCUAGUCGUCGCCAUAGCAGUCCCGUGAACGACCUGCUGGUGGGCGGGAACGGCGAGAAACAGGCUGAGGAGCAGAUCUAUAGCAACACGGCUAUGAUCAGAGCCAGUGGGGGAUAUGGGGGCGCCACUUUGUCCAAACCGGCGGCAUCUGGGUUGUCCAGAUCUGUCGACUACCGCGACAGCCCGUCCGCGCGGUCUUCUUUUCAAACGGUACUGUCCGGUGAGGAUGACACGAAUUCUUUCCGUCCUCGCGGUUCUAGUUUCGGACAGCGGCUGGGGCGCCCCACUAUGGGGCCGCAUGGAGCAGCGAUGUCUGCCGCUGCCAUGCAGUCGCCGUACAGCACCCUGCCCCGGAGGGGCGCAGAUCAAAUCCUUCGGAGGGCGAUAUCUCACGACCCGCGUGAGGAGACCGAAAUGAAGCCGAUCGUGGCAAAGACUUCCAGCGACGGAGAUAUUGAGUCCGAGUACGUGACCUUGGAUAGACGGUACAUUCCCGGGGGCAACUCUCGUUUGUGUCGUGUGGCGGAGGUUGUGGUCACUCCCGCGUCUGACCCUCCGGCGUCGCUAGAAGUUUCCACAGUUUCCUCAUCUUCAUUCUCAUCAUCACCAGCUUCUCAGCACCACAGCACUGCUCAGCAUGUCAGCAGUAGCAGCAACAGCAACAUAAGUAGUAGCGUUACCAAUAAAAACAUUAACCAAAUCCACAACCCCGUGUGGACUAACAACGCUAACGUAAACGCAAACCACUCGACUACCCCUCCCCCUUCCAUUCUAGUCAAGUCUAGCAAAAGCAUGCAACAACUCCCCAAAACUAACCUUUUCCCAGAGGCCAAACGGCCGAGUCUGAAAAAGAAAAAUAGCGGGGGUACAUUGCGCUCUGUAGCGGAGACUUUAGGUUCUGUAUUUUCCCCACUGAAGAGCGGCAGCUCUCGGGGAAGCGGAAGUCCGCGCUCUGUGGGCAGUCUCCGUGACACCCCAACCUUUGACCGCGACAACAACAGCGAUAACAACAACAAUAAUAACAAUCAUAAUAGUAGUAGUUGUAACAACACCAGCAACGACACCAUCCACAUGUUAGCACCCUUUGGCCGGCGCAGCAGCAGCGGCCGCCGCCCAUCCCAGGCCCAGCCCGCGGUGGGCAAACUGACCCGGAGUAAGUCUCUACCGGACCUUCAAGCAGAUGACGCCACGGCAGCAGCCGCCAGCGAGAACUUCAGCGACGACGAAGACGGCGACGAUUUUGGAUUUUUGAGCUACCCCAUCUCAUUUUCAUCUUCGUGUUCUUCUGCAGCGAUGCACAAGGCUAAGUCGCCGAGCCCGGGAAGUCGUAUCAUCCCGAAGCGAUGGCGGACCAAGAGCAAAGCCACGCCCACGGCGAGCACCUCAGCGGCCAUGUGGACGCCGGGACCUCUGGGCUCGUGCACGUGGUCCAGUGUGAGCGGCAGGAAGGUCCAGCUGCGACCUGUGAGUAUUCUGAACCUGAGCGAGUCGGAGAGGACGGCCCUACAGCGACUGGCGCUGGCCAAACUUCAGACCUUGGAGCUGGGCUGUCCGAUCAUAGUGCCUAAAGAAUGCUCCGAGCAGCGGCGGUCCAAGAAGUCAUCUCUGUCCUUGAAACGAAGGUCAAAGUCCGUGAGCGCUUCCGCUCUGGAUACCAUGGCGAAAGACGGUGUGAGUUCGGGCCUUGUAUUCGGCAUUCCGCUCAGCAAGUGCAUCCAGAACGACAAGGAGCUGGAGAAGAAGAGGAGGAAGGUUGCUCUGGUCGCGGCCUCUGGCAGUGUGAAGAUGAGGACGGACAGCACUGACAAUCUGGCCAAUCAACGGCCUCACAGGAAGUCGAGCAGUUCUUCCCAGGGCUCCUUGGAAAACGGCAGCAGUGCUCACAACGGCAACAUGGCCGCUCCACAGCAGGGCCUGGCUGUGCCCUCCUCCCACAAGAGAGCGGCAAGCUCUGACAGUUUAUCGGAGUCGGAGUCAAGUCGGAACACGAGCUCUAGUCUGAUCGAUGCUUUGUCGCUGUCCACCUCCCAGCCACCCUCACGCCUGGGAAGUCUGGCAACGGACGGAAGUCAACUGACCAAUCAGGGAGAAGCGCAAGUCCCGAAUGUGGUCAGGGCGUGCUUUCGGCACAUAGAGACUUAUGGUCUGCAGACACUUGGAAUUUUCAGAGUUGGCUGUUCUAAAAAGAGAGUUAAGCAGCUGCGAGAAGAAUUCGACACCGGCAAAGAUGUGCUGCUCACCCAAGAACAUCAGGCCCACGAUGUAGGGGCUCUGCUAAAAGAGUACUUCAGGGAUCUGCCUGAGCCGUUGUUGUCACGGGAGCUGUACCUGCCCUUCCUCUAUGCAAAGAGAAUAUCCGAAGAGAGCAAGCGUCAUGUCGCAGUUGGUCUCCUGAUUGCCAUGUUGCCCGUCGCGAACCGGGACACUCUCUGGGUUCUGCUCAGGUUCCUGGCCACUGUGAGCCAGCAUGCCACAGACACGACUAACGAGAAGGGAGAAACGGUUCCCGGAAAUAAGAUGGAUGCUCACAACUUGGCGACCCUGUUUGGGCCGAACAUUCUGCACAGGUCAAAGGGCGCCAGUGACAAAGAGUUGUUGGCUGAGUCAGCGGAGAGGGUGGAGCAGAGCAAGGAGGUUAUCGAAGUGGUGAAGGAUAUGAUUGACAAUCACCACGAACUGUUUGAGAUUACUGGGAGCGUCCGAGACGACAUCCUGAGGUUGUUGAUAGAAUCGGAUCAAGAGACAGCAGACAGAAUACUCAAGUGUUUGGCAAAUCAAAGCCAAAUCGAGGCUGAUCCAGAGUCUAUGUGCAGUGUCUUUGAAGACGCCUCAAACAGUCCAAUGUUGUCGCACUCUUUAAACAGUGAUGCAGACCUUCUGGCCUUGUCCAGAAGACACACUUCCACUGCCCACCGUCCACUGCGAGUUACGAAAAGUGCUGACGAUAACUUGGAUUCACCAGUGUCCAAAUCCCGAGCCACUCAUCUGUCAGAAUCCCAGGCACUCUCUCCAUCCUCUAAAGACAAUCAACGAUUAUUCGGUGACUCUUCAUCAUCACUAAAACCUCGAUUUGACUUGGGCCAAAGUUUUCCCAGCCCUCUUCCAAGAAGAGUUCCUACGCUAAAAAUUUCCCAAGAAGAUUCCAGUCCCGAGGUGACGCUUCGAGGGAGGCUGGAAGGAGGCGGACUCGAUAGACCUUACUCGGAGAACUAUAGUCAAAAUCUGAACAUUCCACGGCCACUGUACCUGCGGGAGAACAGUAGCUCCAGCAGUGGCCUUUCCUCCUCCCUCAACAGCCACGGCGGCUCGGACAACGGUCAGUCUGCUCACUGGGGACUUCCAACACCCCCGGGCUCCAGAGAAGCCUCGCCGAAACCCUUCUUUCGAUCCACAUCCUCCUCAUCGACCUUGAUACCUUCCCCCUCGCCAAGUCGACUGAAUCACUCGCAUGCACAAGACAAUUUUGAGAAUACUCCGCCGAUGGGCUCCGCCGAGUGGGAACGGGAACGGUGGCACCACUGGGAGAUGAUCGCAGCUGAGAAGAAAAAUUCGGAGGCAGAACAAGAGACGUUGGUCUGAGUCCAUCGCUUACUCUCUGAGUUCAUCUCUUACUAGGCCUUCACUGAUCGCAUCUACGUCAGCAUUUGAAGACUGCAGGGGGAAGAUCUGACUAGGGAUGUCCAAACAAUAGUCAUUUUCUUCAAAUCCCCACAGUGCAACACAGUGAUGACAUAUAAAGUUAAAACACCUGUCUGAAAUAACCACCACAUGAUUAUUUCAUUAAUAGAACCCCAAAAAUGUCAAAUAAUUCAUGAAAAAGGAAGGCUCGGGAUCUAAAUUUUCAGGGAAGUGGAAAAUGUGACAUUGCCAGUUUUCCCCUGUAGUCUUCAUUUGAUCUGGUGUUCUCCGUCUGGCUGGUGACAUAUGUACCGCCAACUAGCAUCCGAAGUGGUGAGGAAAAACUUCCUCCUCCAUGCUCUUUCACGGAGCCACAAAUCACGUAAACGAUGUCAGAACGUUGCCUUCCACAGUGAUCUUUUUAUUUUUACGAGAUGGCAAAAGCCACCAGUGCAAAGACCAGAUUAAGAGCGUUAUGGUGUCAUCAUUACCCCCUACGCAGAUCAUGUGAAAUAAUAUAUUUUAUAAACCCUCUACUGUAAUUUCAUCUUGGUGUUCAGAGAAGCAUUAUGGUGAAGAUGAUCAUGUUAUGCCCCUUUUGUAUAUUAUUCCAGUCUUGACAUGCAGACCUGAGAUAAGCAUUAUGCAACUCUAGCAUAUUAUUGAAUGUUCUUUUCUUUUGUACUUGAUAAUUUGUUUCAAUGUUUUUCCACACGAAAAUGAUAUUACUGCAAUGUACCGAUGUGAAUAUAUGUAAUGUAUAUAUAUAUAAAUAUAUAUUAUCUAGUGUUACAGCUAUUUGGAACACAUUGUUUUAUUUCAACACUCGGAGCCGAGACCUGAAGAUUGCCCUCUGAGAUUUGUAGAGUUUGAUAAGCAAAUGAGCAAAGGAAACAGUCGUUUUGACAGCAACUCGUAUACUUGUUUGUGACUCCCGAAGGAUAUUUCGUCCUGUUUUAUCUCAAACACUCUGUUUGUUAUGAGGGUAAACAGAAUUCUCACAAACACACCUGCUGUUGCAACAGCCAGCUAGAAGCAAACCUAGUCUCUGAAAAGCUACCAGUUACUAUGUACACAUUUGUGUACUGCUGGCACAUUAUAUGAUCAGCAAACAUUUACAAAUACAGAAAUACAGUCUAGCACGCACAUAGAGAAAUUAGUGGGAUGCAGAAGUCUUUUCAUUAUGUGCAAAUGUUGCUAUGUACAUGUUUUGAAUACCAAAAAAGUACAUAUUAUAUUUGAAAAAGUUUGGACCUGAAAAUCUGUUCACCAUAUACAAGUUCACUAUGUGCGUGUUAGAUUGUAUAUAUAUAUAUGCCAGAGACAAUCAUUGUUCUGUUACAGUCAUGAAUGUUAGACAUGUAGUUCAUAUACAAGAAACGGAUUUAUCCUAACUUGUUCGUUUUUGUUUAAUUUCUGGUUAUUUCAUUAGUUAUACUUGACCUGAGAAGAUGAAGGCAGACUAAAGAGCAGCAAUGAAAAGUACACUUACCUCUAUACAUUUUAAUUUGUAAUAAGAAAAACAUCAAACUGUAAAUUUUAUGCUCAAAUUUUGAAAGUUAAAUAUCAUCCCUGAUGGUUUUUUUCCUUGUCUAUGUUAUGCUUAACAGUCUCUGUGUUAUGUUUAACACAUUUUUUGUUUGUUGUCAUUAAAUAGCAAUGCUGUGUGCAAUUUACCUGCAGGAAUGUGUCUGGCGCACUCCUGUCUUUUAUUUUACAUACAUCACACACAUUCUGUAAUGCAUAGAGAAUUUUUAGCAAGCAAAGUUAUUGUGCAAUGGCAGUUUUAAUAUUGUUUCUCUUACAAAGUCGACCGUGUCAAUACUUUCACUACAACCCAUGAAAAAAUUGUUUUGUAGCCAAGCCAAACUUAAAGGUGAGGAGUGUUCGACUCAUAACAUGUUUAUAUAAUCAUUUUUGUCAUUAUUUUUGUCAUCAUUUUCAUUUGUUGUGAAGUUUAAAAAACCUGGAAUCUGCCCCAACACCACACCCCCUCUCCCCAACCCACAAAAUGCUCAAGAACAAACACAUUAAUUGUUGAAUAUAAGUAUUGUAAUAUUUUCGGAUCUUUUACUUAGCUCACUUUCUGACUGACUUUAACAUUGAAUCUCAAUCACAUCGAAUUAGGAUUUUUAAAUGGGCACAUAUAAGAAAAGCCAGAAGAAAUUUGAAAUCUGAGUUGUAUAUGCCAUUUAUCUUUCUCUCAGCUGAAAGAUAUCUAUCACCAAUGAAGCUGGUUUAAAUAAGUUAUAGCAAAUGCAAAACCUUACCCAUUACCCAUCAAAAUGUACUUAGCUUACAUACUUAAGUCGUCUAAUCGACACAUUUUUGUACUGAUAAAACGUUUAAGUUAAAGAUAUUUAAAGUUUUUAAACACAAGAGAAAGGUUAUAAAAAGAAUAAGUUUUGGUGUUGUUGUCUCAUUGAAUUUUUACGGAGUUUGACACAACCCUGAAGUUCUAUUAGUACAUACUGAAUCAAAAAUCAAUGUUGUCCUUAACUGAAAAGAUCAGUCUGUUGCAACUUUUACUUAUUCCUAUCUACAGUACCAGUCUUGUUGUCUUAAGUAAUUAGGCUGGUAUCUAGUAUUCUACACAUUAAUGCAUACCCACACACACACAAGCACACACACACACACGCACACUCACACACACAUACUAGCACACACUAUAUUACAUACACACACCCCCAUACAUGUACAAGCACACACAAUAUAUAUUACAGACACACACACACAUACACCUACAAGCUCACAGUCACAAGCACACCGACAUAACUAUAAUGAUGUACAAAUGUUUCUACUGUAAUAAUUCUUUAUAAGUACUGCUGUUUCUUCUUGUUUUGGUCUUCCUUCCACCCUACCAAUGCAAUAAUCAUCAAAGUUUGAAUGAAAAACUAUCAUGUACCAUUGAGCUUGAUAAUUAUGAAGAUUGUCUAUUUAGGAUGUGUGUCUGUUUCCGUGAAUGUACUUUUUUUUUUUGGCUUUGACAGGACGUUGGGGUUGGGUUUAUUUGGAGAGUUGUAGUGUUUUUCUUUUGUAAAGAGAAAAAAGAAGAGUGAGUGAGAGAGGGAGAGAGAAAGAGAGAAACACAGAGUGAAAAAGAGACAGUCGUUUUAUGUAAGUGUGUAAGAGAAAGGGACAGAAAUAAAGGACUGUGAUCGUCAUUAUAUGCUCAUAAAUGUAGGUCUGAACAGCAGUUGGGAAAAAUAAUAUCGAACUGGCCAAAAAAAAGAGAAAAUAAAAAACUAUGUUCUUGAAGUGGCCUGGUCUUGUGUGAUCCAUAGGAAUACUGGCCAUUCCUAUGGAUGAAGUCUGUAGAAUUUUGAUUGCUACCUUGAGAUGAGUGAAGCUCAUUUAUUGGUAUGUGAAUACUUGAUUUUGUACUUCAAAAGGGACAAAUUCUAUACAGCAUAGGUUGUAUGCAGCAUAAAUAUAUUUUGCCUUGUGUGAGAGAACUUUGGUACUGUACAUCUGAUAAAAGACAACGUUUUCUGCUCUCAUAAAUUUGUCUUUGUGAGUUUGUCUUCACAAUUUUCUUAUCUGUUUGCCAAACUGAGUUUUGCUACCUCGUAAUUUUUUUUCUACAAGAAUCAGCAGUGUAAAUAAUGUUGAGUGUUAAAUGUAUUAUAUGUUUUAUGAUAUAGUCAAACGGAGAAAAAAAUGGCAAUAUACAUAAUAUUUCAAGAAGUGCUAAAAGUAUAACGAUGCUGAUUUUAAAUGUUCUAACAGUCUGUAUAAUUCCUCUUCGUUGCUUUGAGACUCUGUAUGUUUAUUUCUUCUCUAGCAGCUGAGGCUAAAUAUUUUUCUCUUUCUUAUCAUAUGUGUCACAACACGGUGGAAUCAGGCACUCGUCAAUUUUUGGGCAAAUGAUGUUAUUGAUAUUGUCUUAGAGCUUGUUCCAUUUGUCUUGCUUUCGAUAAAAGAAUGACCCAUCUAUCUUCAGUAGAUCUCAAGAUAUUUCAGAUUGAAAGAUGUGUGUGUGGGGGGAGGGGGGGUGUGCGCCUGGUUUCAAAGGUAAAAUUAGUGAGAAAAUGGUCACCAAAGUUUGGUAACUUCAAUAGGUUGACAGCCAUUGAAGACUGAAAAAUAUACUUAUUUUAUGCCUUUAAAAAAGGUUUUUCAGAAAAAAGUUCAGAUGGAAAUGUGUGUUUAGAUGGACAGAAAAAGUGUUGAUCCAAAAAACAAAAAUUUUAUCAAAAUUACCAAACUGACGAAAAAAUGCCUGCUUCUUCGUUUUCGUUAUUUUGACAAGCACCUGAUUUCACCAUGUUGCCUCACAGAUAUUUUCUCUCUCGUAUCAUACUAAUCACAAACAAUUCCAGCUUUUGUUAAAGAAGUUGCAAUAGAUCAAAAGCAUUGAAACCUAGGGCUUGUCCUCCUAUGACUGGAUUUCUCUUGAAAAAGAAUCUAAUACUAUUCUGAAAAUAAUUAUUGCUGUCCUUAAAAAAUGAUUGCAUUUUCCCUUUUCUUAUACCUCUUUAUAACAUCAAAGACUUAUCAUUCUUUCUUCCGUCUGUCUAAUGAGUAUUCCGAAAACAACAGUAAACAGAAGGAAAGUAAUUAAUUCUGAAUAGUUUUUCUUCUUUUGAGCAGCCUCUCUAAAACCAAAAAUGGGCUCGACCAAAAAGAAUCCAGCGGACCCUCAGAAUUUGGUUUACGUUUAAGCAAAUUUAACUGUAUUUUCCUUUCCAAAACAAAAGUUAAUAUUGCAACGGUCAGUAGUUGGAACUUUCAAUGACAUGUUUCUGAGUGAAUCGCAAAACACAGUUGGUGUUACCAGUUCUUCUGUACCUACUGUGAGCGAGCAAUUCAAUGCCUAUUACAUGUGAAGUGUGCCGCUGACAAAAUGAGAUACCUCUCACAAUUGCAAAAGCAGAUAUUGGCAAAAAUUCAACUGGCGGUCAGAUUUGUAGAUUUUAAACUGAUACCACUUUUUAAAUAAAUAAAUUUGACAUCAUCGUCAUCAGUGCCUUUCACCCCUGACAGGGUAUAGGCCACAUACAAGCUCAAAUUUGACAUGUGUUUUAUCAAUUCUUACUAAUAAAUGUACAAACUCAACCUAUAAGUUUGACGUAUCGUCCCCUCAGAAAUAUUUUGUCCAAAGUGCUUCUUUAUUUAAGUGUACUCUUUGGACAAAAUGGGUCACGACGUGGUGGAAUCAGGCUCUCGUCAAUUUUGGGGCAUGUGAAGUUAUUGGUAUCAUCUUAAAGCGUGCUCAUUUGUCUUGCUUUGGAUUAAAAAAUAUCCAUUUAUCUUGAAUACAAGUCGAGAUAUUUGCGAAUGAAGUCAGUGGGGGUCACCAAUAAAAAUUGCCAAAGCUGUGUUUCUUCACUUUCAUUACUUUUGACGAGCGCCUGAUUUCAUCACCCUGCCUCACAAAUAGUUCUGAGGUGACGGUACCUUAAGUCCAUAGAGUUAAAGCUAAAAUCGGAAAAGUAACUCAUUUUGUCAGCAAGCCUCAUCGCUACGCUGUUAUUUCUACUGCAUCAGUUUAUGAUUUAUAUUCCCUGAAGGCCACACGUGAUUGUAGUCAGCAUUAUGUAUGUGUUAUGUGUCACGUGUCUUGUGUCAAGUGUCUUGACAUUGAUCCUGUUGAUUGUGUCUUUGCAUUGACUUUGUUAAUAAAACACGUGACGUUUUUUUUUUAAUCAUACUGUUGCUAGCACCUGUGGAUGACGGCUUGUGUUGAUCAUAAUAAAUUACCAAACAUAAUGUACUAAUUGAGA